AUGCUGGACUGGUCGCUUGCGCAGGAGCCUGUAGCUGAGGACGAGGAUGCGGAAUUUCAGGAUCCGAAGGUACGGGAGAGGGUGCGAACGAAGAUAUGGUUGGCAUACACUUCCAAUCUCAUCAGUUCUGGUUUGCGCGAGACCAUCCGCUUCUUGGUGCAGCAUAGCAUGGUUCAGGUAAUGAUUACUACAGCUGGAGGCAUCGAGGAAGAUAUCAUCAAAUGUCUUGCGCCGACGCACAUCGGUGAUUUUGCAAUGGACGGUCUAGGGCUUCGAAGGAAAGGCAUUAAUCGCAUCGGGAAUCUUCUAGCACCGAACGAUAACUACUGCUUGUUUGAAGAUUGGAUCCGUGGCGUUUUUGAUCAGAUGCACGACGAGCAAGAAAAAGACAAGGUGAGAUGGACGCCUUCCAGGAUGAUCCAUCGCUUCGGGAAGGAGAUCGACAAUCCAGAGUCUGUGUGCUACUGGGCAUAUAAGAACAACAUACCAAUCUUUAGUCCUGCGAUUACAGACGGGUCAAUCGGAGACAUGCUCUAUUUCCACAGUUACAAGCGGCCAGGGCUGAUAGUGGACCUUGUGGAGGACAUUCGCGCGGUCAACGAUCAGGCCAUCAAGGCCCGGAAGACUGGGGUCAUCGUCCUCGGCGGGGGUGUAGUAAAGCACCACUGCAUGAACGCCAACCUCAUGCGGAACGGCGCCGACUUCGUCGUCUACGUCAGCACCGCACAGGAGUUCGACGGCUCCGACAGCGGCGCCAGACCAGACGAGGCGAAGAGCUGGGGCAAGAUCAGGGUGGACGCCGAACCAGUGAAGAUCUACUCCGAGGCCACCCUAGUAGUACCUCUCAUAGUGGCGCGCACUUUCGCGGCGCGGCUGGAGCGUGGGGAGUGGCGGCCGGAAGGGCGGAUCUUCGACAAGAACUACACAGCCUCCGAGGCCGAGGUGGAGAAGAAGAAGCUCUUCCAUAAGUGA